AUGCGGCCCCAACUCUUUCGCUCGCCCAUCGUCCGGGUUACAAAUGGUACCUUUACAGGCGCCAUCCUAAUAUCUUACCCGUAUCUCUCUACUGAUGGCGUUCCCCACAAUCUAAGGACACCAGACCGCGCCAUUGCCUAUGUUGGAUUUGAUGGCGAGCGUAUGGGGGCGGGCCCGAGCGAUGGCAUCACCACAUCUGCCUACCUCUCUGCCCGAUACGACCUUCUGAACCGUGCUGUUGAAGAUCUCCGCCUCACUCCCCUCCUGGACCUACCUGUCGCGUUCUUGAGUAAUGGCCAGGGUCGCCGCGCACGCAUCGCGAGGGCCCUCCUGACAACCCCGGAGGUGCUUCUUCUUGACGAACCUUUCAUGGGACUUGAUCCCCCAACCGUGCGUGCCCUGAAUCCCUUACUGGAAUCACUCGCCCGACAGGCGAACCCUCGUAUUGUACUUAGCGCCAGGCCCCAGGAUCCUCUCCCAAGUUGGAUUUCCCAUCUUGUAUAUCUGAGAGACGACUGCCAGAUUGAGGCUAUGGGCCCGAGAGAUAAGGUCUUGUCGGAACAUAGCAAAUACAGUAAAGGGGUGUGGCGUGGUGGAAUUCGGAGUGACGUCGAGGUACCUGGCUCAACGCCACAACCUACGUCUCCUGACCUCCUCUCCGACAACAGGGACGUCCUCGUGGAGAUGAACGGAUGCCAGGCACUAACUAUUAAUACCGUGCGAUUAAUAAAGAAGCGCACCAUCGGCCAGAACAAACCAAGGCUAGCCAAUAAAAACAUAGCUACUGCGACCUUCAUACGCAUUUCGCCUGCAGCCUGGGUCCUUGCCAAGCUGGUCCUCAUCCAUCACCAAGUCCUAUCAUCGUCCAUCCUCGAACGCUCGCGCCGUUGCCCAACAAACACACCUCAACGACCCAUUGAAACCGAGAAAAGCUGUGAUACUGUUAGCUCAUCCGAAGGAGACCUCAAAAUACAAAAUCAAACGCCUAGUUUUCAAUAUGGCGAUGCGAAUCACCCCGCCGAUACUGCUGCGACAAGCUUCUCGCACAUCACCAAGUCGACCUCAGCCCCCUCGGCCCCUGGUCUUCAUGAUACUCUUCGUGCUGGCGUCGGCCCAGCCAACCUAAGCUCUGCGUCCGCAGACGCGGAUGCACCCGCUACGCUCGACUCUGCCCAUCCCCUUGAAGCCCGCCUCAAGAACUGGGAUGCCACGCAAGAAGCCCUUCGCAUGGAGACGUUGCGUAGAAUGUUUGGCAUGGCGGAGCCAAUUCGUCAGGGCAUGGAACUCAAGAUUGUGAGGGAUACGACAUGGAAGCCCGUUGCCCUCGGGCCCCCGGUCCCGAGCGUUCACGAGGAUAUUCUUAAGAAUAAGGACACCACUGUCACUUGGGAGGAUGUGUUUACUGGCGAAGAGAUGCGGCCUGUUCCCGGGUUCCACGACGAGAUGGAGAGGAAGCUCAAGAUGUAA